GAGAUCUUAGAAAAAUGGACUUAGAGCUCAGACCACAACUUCCCCUGUUGUCAGUGAGGUAUGAAACAUUCGAGUGUUCACCAGAACGCAGAGGAAACCCACCCACAAGUUGUCGUGUUUGCUGUGUGCUGGCCACUUUGCUGUGCCCAAUCGUCCGUGUUGAGCCUGUUUUACCAUGGCCGUGUGGGGCAGGAACCUGUUACUGAUUUUUCUGUGGAUGAGUUUUGGGAGAGCUGCUGCUCUUUCAGACCCACAGAUCUGUUACGUGCUGGAUGGUAUCCUGUUUGCAUACGGCAUCCUCCUGACCGCUCUCUACUGUAGACUCAAGAUCCUCAGUGUUCGGGAAUAUGCAGCGGAGAACGCAAAGGGCAAGAAGAAUGUUGAAGAGGGCAUCUAUACGGGUUUGACUCCUCACGCCGCAGACACUUAUGAAACUAUUGGCACGAAGAAGUGAAUCCACGACAGAGCUUUUCCUUUAACCCUUUAGUUCUACGGGUAUUUUCACACAUCUUCUUACAUUUACCUUUUUAAGGGUAUUUGCAGAUCCCCAUGUGUUUCAUAU